GUGCGCCAGGCAAUCAUCGGAGAUGAGGAACCUAGUCAUUUUCAUAUUGCUGUUCGUGUUCGGAGCUGUUUUUAUAGCUGCGAUAUUUGAGGCUGUAGUCCAUUUUAAUAGAACAGGAGAUACUCCAGCUGAGUUCCAUGAGUUUGAAACUAAUGGAUCCACAACUGUCUAUUCUGUUACACCAAAUUAUGAUGGAGAAGUAACCAGCACGGAACAUGAUGGAGUUAAAUUUGUGACAAAUACAGCAAAAGAAACCAUUCUUGAUGUUCCACCAAGAAACGAGCAGCGUAACUUUAAUGUCAGAUAUGGUGGAUCAAGUGGACAGCAGACAACAACAAAAAGAACAACAACAACACAUGGAAGAACUACACAAAUACCAAAUCCAACAACAAGCUCUGGAACAUUUAUGGCAAGUUCUGGAAAUGAAGUAAAUAACAGGGAACAGAGACUGCUAAGUAGCUGCAUACGAAACUACAUAGCAGACACUGAAGGAAUAAUCAAAUCUCCAGAUCCAUACCCAAAAGAUGACACAUGUAUUACUUGGGAUAUAGAUGUCGGCGAAGGGUAUAGCAUUGAUAUUACAAUAACAGCUCUCAGCUUGGAUGGAAGUACUGGAGACUACUUAAUAAUCAGUCCCAGUGAAGAUGAAAUUGCUGAAACUUCUAAUCCUGUAUUUACCUGGUAUCUAAAAACUAAAAGACACUUCCGCAUUCUAGACAGAGGAACGGCUUUCAUAGUGUUUAAAACAUUUUCAAAAGCUAAUAGCACUAAUCAUCAAGGUUUUGAAGUACAUUACGCCCGUUAUGGCAAUGCAACUACUCCUUCAGAUGUAACUACACAGCCAGCUUUGCCAACCCCACCAGCUAAUGUUGAUGAGUCAGCUGUUGUUUACAUUUCAUUGGCUGGUGGCAUGAGUGUAAUUGAGGAGUUUUACAACAGGAGCAUUGAAUUCAGAACAGCAGUCUCUGAAAUGGCAUCCAUGUAUUGUAAUGAAACAGGGAUUCGUUUAACAGCUGACCCUAGCUAUGUAAAUGUUAUCCUAAAUUCAGUCAAUCCUUGUCAACUGACGUGGCCAGAUAGCAAUACGUGUCUUCGAAUAAGGAUGACUGUGCCAGUAAACAAUACAAAUACAUCCAUAUAUGAGUUAACUUCAAGGCAUAUUAAUGACAUGUGGAAUAAACAUGCUACAAACUAUUUAUCUUCGUUUUCAAAGGAAAUGAAGGUGUACAAACCUCCAGAUGGUUCAAAUUUUAUUAUGUGGAUUGCAGUGUCUGCAGGUACUGUAGUAGUAUUUUCCAUAUUUCUGGUUUUGAUAUGGAAAAUUGAUAUCUUCAAGGAAAAUAACAGGGAAAGCAAACUUGUGCAGGAAGAUGACGUACGUAGGUCGACACUUAAUGACAUCCUCAUCUCAGUGCCUCCGUCAUUUCCAGCUGACAAAUUUGAUCCAGAGGAUCACAAAAUGGUGUCUUGGAAUGGUGAUAUGCACAAGGAUUCCAUCACAUCUGUUGGAGUGAGAGAUACCAUUCCAAAAUAUGGUCCACCCAAGGGUUCUCUUGGUGCGGCCUUUCUAUUCCAAAGGAACACCGAUGAAGAGGAAGAGGAAGUUCACUAUGAAAAGAUAGGAUAUGACAAUCCAGCAAUUCACUUGUCGGAUGAACCGAAGUUAUCUACAGUUCUCUAGCAGUCCAUGAAAGUAGUAAGUUUUGG